GUCUCAGAUGACUCGGCUGAGCAUCAUGAUCGACUGUGGAUUUCUCAUUACACAGUGCACAUGUACACGUAUGAGCUACGGUGAUCAUCAGCCCAGCCACCAACGGCACACUCCGCGCUUUUGCGUGAUCGAGGCUGAGAUCAUGGAUGCGCUAGAGACAAUAGUUUUCCGACAUCCAAUCGCCGACCUGGUCACUGACACGAAGCCGAUAGUGUGCAGCGUAGCUGAUCAAGAGGCGCAUUUGUCAAUUCAAGGGCAGCCUUGGGGCUGCUUGACCGGGAAAUUGAAAAGAGCGGUGUUUCUCAGUUCAGCUCCAUGGAUCCGGCUGCUCACUUGAAUGCUUCUGCGCGUUGACUUCUCUUGCAGUUUCAUCGGGUGGCAGUACUUGUACUAUGGUUAGCAGCCUGAGAAUUCUUGCACAGCUCGUGCUUGCACCCUUGGCAGCUCAUGGCUUCCGGUUUUCACCGAGCUGGCAGUCGGCUCGACCGACCGACGCCAUCGACGCUGACACCGGCCGAAUGGCGAAUUUCCGGCUGAGCCCACCCCCGACCCCCGGACCGGUGCUCCCGGAGCUUCUGAGGCGCGAUGAAGGCAGGAGCUGCGCCUACGAAUCGGGCAAGCUCGGUUGGGCCUUCACCUGCGUUGAUUCCGAAUACACUUGCAGUACAAGCUGGAGUGCAGGGCCUGCGGGCGUCUUUGGCUGCUGCCGCAAGGGGGCAACCAGCUGCCGUAUAGAGACAUCAUGCCUCGACUAUGCCGCGUACACGAAAGGCUUGUGCAGUACCCGGGGGGUGUCAACUAGGUGUUGCUCGGAUAUCUCUUCCCCCUACUGCAACGCUCACACCCUCGUCGACAUGCGAAGCUUGUCUUUAAUCAUGUGUGAUAGCACAGAUACGUUCAUCCCCCUCUAUGCCACACCAACCGGCGGGUUCUCUGCCUCGACUACCAAGAGAUCAACCUCGUCGUCCACAACCUCGUCCACAACAUUCAGCUCAUCAACAUCGACGGACUCAAAAUCUCAAAUUCCGGCCACCACAACCUCCAUACCAACCGCAACCGCCACCGCAGCGGCCUCCGAGUCUAAUCCCAUCAGCACAGGCGCGAUAGUAGGCGGCGUAGUCAGCGGGGUAGCGAUUCUAGCCGGGUUGGUGGCGUUCAUCGCAUGGCUGUAAAUGCGUCGGAAGCGCGGAGAUUCCCAUGGAGCAGGAACACCGCAAGCUCACAUGCAAGAACAACACCACCAGCACCAGGGGCCGCCGCCGCCACCGCCGCAACAGUUCAACAACAACACCAGCCCGCAGCAGCAGCCAGCGGCCCAGUACCAACACAACGGCCAACACAA